AUCUUUUCCAGAAGUAUCUAUCUCUUCUUUAGCUGGGUGGGAAAACACAGCUUCAUACAAUAAUAGAGGCGAGCAGAUAGUUGGACAGAGUGGUAGAGGGUGGCUGAUGCUGUCCUUGCUGCAUGUGGCCUUUGAACCUAUUGUUGUGUCGCGGCUGACGUCAGUGCCGUGUGCGGUAGACGGAGCGGCGCGCGCCAGGCGAGACAAAGGCGGCGGACCGAGCGGGGUCAGGCGGCAGCGCAGAGUCGAAGGCGGCGGACGGAGCGGGGUCAGGCGACAGAGAUUCACUGUUUUAUAACUAAAAAGGAACUCCCAGCCUCGGGUUUGUCCCUGACCUUACAGGGAACGGAGACUCAGCGGCUCUCUUAAGUGUGCUCCGACUCCCCAAGAAGAGAAGAAAACAACGGUGGCCUCUUUUCGAUUUCUAACGUUUUUUUUUCUUCAACGCCCCCCAUUUAGCUUCUAGUUAGCUGUCGCGCUAAGCUCGCAGCUCUGCUCUGAUCUCCUCUGCCUCCUUGCUGCCUCCCGUCUUUUUACCUCAAGAGCUGGACGACAAGCGAAAAGAGGACCAAAAAAGACAGAUUAACUGAGAGUGAGAUCACUCCCAACAAACAAGCAUCCGUGAUCUGAUGUGAGAUCCACGGAGGGACUAUGCCUAGCCCAUUAUUCCAUCCCGAAAUUAUAGACCACGACGUGAUGAUCAGCAGCCAGCACGGCGGAGUUGCUCUGUCCAGGGAAACGGACCAGGAGUCCCGGGAUGAGGAUCACCAAGAGGCUCUGCGCUUCGCCCUGGAUCAGCUGUCACUCAUGGCCAUGGAGAAAGUGGACUGUGGGGUCGUCGUCGUUGGCAGUGGAGGCAACGGGCUUGUGGACACCCUGGAUGGGACCCAGGGUCCGGGUUCUGAGAGCUGCAAUGGUGUUGGUGGAGGGGGGUACGUGGAUCUACAGUUGCUGGAACAUCCCAGCGGGUCGAGGGACUCUCCGUCGUCCUGCUCUCCUUCCCCGGAGUACUACGGCUCAGGCGGGUACCACAUGGCCGGAUCGCACCCAAUGCUCCACGGGGAACAAAGCUCCGUCCUCUGUAACAGAAAAAGAAGCGUCAACAUGACUGAAUGUGUGCCCGUUCCGAGCUCUGAACACGUUGCAGAAAUAGUAGGAAGACAAGGUUGUAAAAUCAAGGCCCUGCGCGCCAAAACAAACACCUACAUAAAGACUCCCGUCAGAGGGGAGGAUCCUGUGUUCAUCGUGACAGGACGCAGGGAGGAUGUGGAAAUGGCCAAACGCGAAAUCGUAUCUGCAGCGGAGCAUUUCUCCAUGAUCCGGGCUUCCCGCUGUAAAGCCGGAGGUGCUGGAGGAGGAAGCUCCCUGCCCGGACCACCUCACUUACCUGGGCAGACUACCAUACAGGUGAGAGUGCCCUACAGAGUGGUUGGUUUAGUAGUCGGACCGAAGGGAGCAACCAUUAAGCGCAUUCAGCAGCAGACUCACACUUACAUCGUGACUCCUAGCCGAGAGAAAGACCCGGUGUUUGAGGUGACCGGGAUGCCAGAGAACGUGGACAGAGCGAGAGAGGAGAUUGAGACCCACAUCACCCUCCGAACUGGAACCUUUGUAGACCUGCAGGGAGACAACGACUUCCACACCAAUGGCACAGAUGUCAGCCUUGAAGGCCUCAACUCCUUGAGUGGAGGACUGGGAGCAUCCCUCUGGUCCAGAGCUACAGGCCACCAUUCUGCCCCGCCUCCUCCUCCUCCAUCCCCACCACCAUCCAUUCCCAUGUCCAUGCAUCACUCCUCAAGUCGUAAGAUGUCCUCAUCAGUCGCCUACCACACGCACAAUGGCGGGAUGAGCUCAGAAAGUUUCAACACCACCCGAAAGGCCAAUGAGGGGGGCAGCCCCACCAGUCCUUUUAGCACAGGCUCCAGCAGCGCAGGGGGGGGUUUCACAUUUGGAGGUGACUCAACCCCAGGACUGCCUCCCUCAGAUGAACUGGGCUUUGAGUUCAGCGCUUCAAACAUCUGGGCGCCUUUUGUAAAUGGUGGAGCAGGAAGUAAGACAGCCGGCAACAGCCAGCAGCAGCCUCUACGACGCAACAGCAGUGGCCUCAGCGGUGGCGCCAUCACUCCACGAUUGUCUCCAACCCUGCCUCAGGACACGGGCGUGGGCCCUCUGGAUCACCCCCUGGCUCGCCGUGCUCAGAGCGACCCCCUCAGCACUCUGUCUUGGCUGCAGUCUGGCAGCACAGGUGGCGGCUCCUUCUCUGGAGCUUCCAGCUCUGGCGGCUCAUCGACUGGCUACUCCUCCUGCUCGGCCUCCUCCUUGCCCGGCGGCUCGCCCACCGACUCUGAGGGCGGCGGCAGCGGCGUGGGCCUCAGCUCUGGGAUGCUGAGCCGUCUGAAAGGUGGCCCCAGCUCUGGGGUUGUGGGUCUGGUUGGCGUUAGCCCGGGGGUCAACAGGGACUGCUUUGUUUGCUUUGAGAGCGAGGUGACGGCAGCCCUGGUGCCUUGUGGCCACAAUCUGUUCUGCAUGGAUUGCGCUGGGCAAAUCUGCCAGUCAGCUGAGCCUGAGUGCCCCGUCUGUCACACUCCGACCACACAGUGCAUCCGCAUCUUCUCCUAAUGCCCUGCCUGCUUCAGUGAGGGGAAGUUGAAUAUUUAGGAUGGAAGGGUCCAGACAGAAAGGCCAUGAACAUGGCUCCAGCUGUGAUGGAGGCAAUGGAAGGAUUCACACUAAUGACCUUCACACACUCUAUGAACCAUUAAGAAGCAUUAAAAGAGUUGAUGAUACUAUAUGGAUGUUGAUAUAUUGCUGAUAACUGUCCAGAUAAAUAAUAACAGUAAUAAUAAUGACUUAUUUUCAGAAGAGAGUUGAGUAAAGCUGGUCAGCGGACAGUCGGGGCUGAGACCUUAUGGAAGGAAACUAGUGUCUUAUCUCUCCAGGCCUUCGUUUUGGACAUGGAGCAGCCCGUCCCUUCAGGCUGCAGGUCUGUCUCCACAAGUCUUCAUUCUGGCUUCUUCAGAUUUCUGCCUGCUUUCUCUCUCACCGCCUUUCCUUUGGACACUUUUGUACGUAACAGAUAUUUUUGGAUGAAGUUGUCAACGAGGCCUGCACUUUUCUACUCCUGAUUUUCAUAUUCUCGACACCCCCACCCUGUCUGCGCUCACUCAUGCUAAUUUGUUUGAAGCGGGAUGGCUGCUGUUUUUUUGUAAACCCAAAGCAUCUCUGUAUGUCUUAUUUUUAAGGUCGACAUGUUGUCAGGCACCCAACACUAACGCCCCAAAGGGACCUCUUCAGGAUUGAUGUUUUCAUGAUUUCAUGUUUUCUCAAACGCCGCCGAACGUUUAGCCAUCAGCUGAUAAUGCCAAACUAUCAACUAAAACAACCGUCGGUAAUUCUUUAGAUUCAAUAAUGCGUCAGCUGUAAUCUGGACGAGUCUGCCUCCACGCUUUAAAUGUGGUCACUGAAUUGCUUUUUAUUGAUUUUGUAUGAUGUGAGAAAUGUAUCAUUUAGUGAUGCUGACGGACGGUGAUUGUGGUCAGUUUGUAUGUUUGGACUGUCAGACAAUCCCUUUACAUUUCUAUCUUCCUUGUUUGUGUGUGUGGAGAGUUAUGCCCGUUUCCUCUGUGUCCGUGUGUCAUCAUCACACCACAUGUCUGUUACACUCAGAUCUGCUCGUUUUAGUGGCUUCUGCUGGUUUAUGACGCUCGACUGUCUCAUACGCGGCAUUUGUUGAAGGCGCGAUAGGGCUUUUCUGAUGUCACACAAGAAUGUUUGGUCCAAUACGGUUAGGGAGAGAAGACUGCUCCUCGCACAUGAAACAAUAACAAGGGGCUUGGUUGAACCGUUUUUAUUCUUCAUGCACUGUAAGUCCCAGUCAUUAAAAAAGUUUUCAGUUAGGAUUUGGUCUUCCACCCGUCUCUCGCAGCCAAGCUGUACGACAGCCUCUCUGAUGACACACUCUUGUACCCGCAUAGCUGCACUACAUGGUUUAGUAGUUUGAGAUUUGUUCUGUGUUUCAUAGCAUAACUGAGUUACUCUGAUGAGGCAGGUACGUUCCUGUUCUGUGUUUGUGUUUUUUUUUUAAAUGUUCCGUGAGUUUGCAGUAACUGCCUCUUCUAGUGUUAAUACGACGUGAUAUCUUUUUUAUAUAUACAAAUAUUUUGGGCGACGUGGGUGUGUCGGUGGCCUUCGGUGCCCCUCCCCUCUUUGUGGAAUCAGCUCAUAGAAUGAGACAAGCCAUGACAGCUGACUUAAAGCAACACACCUGAUUCUCAAGGGCUUCCUCUGACUGCACAGACACAUAAUCACAUUUUCAGGCUCACACAGUAGGAAGAAUCAACCUUAUCCUUUUAUGGCAGCUAGUAGCUAGGUCAUCCAGGGCUUCCAGACACGUUUGUGUUCCAAUUCCAGCAGCUGCAGAAUGUUUUGCUUUUUAUUUGUCCCUCCUAUUGUCCCUACACAGCCAUUACAUCUAGAUCUCGUUUGUGUGUAGGGCCCAGUGAGAAGAAGGGCAGGAACGGGCCAGUUCCCGUUAUGCUGCGAUGCUCCAGUUUAGGAAACGUGAAUGCAGUUUACUUUUGGGACUGUGGCAGCAGCUCCGCCAUAAGUGUCCCAGCUGAGUGCAGCAGUACACACACACACACACACACACACACACAAAUUGUCCAGGAGCUGAGCUGGCUGUCUUUCAUGGUGCUUUGGUGCAACUCCCUACUGAGUCACAGAUGAACAAAUCCAGUCGUUAGUGGUGCACCGUUUAGUUCUCAGAAUGCCCAUCCCCGGUGCACCAUGGAUCUGGCGCCCCUGCACUCACCCCCAACCCUUUGUGGGAAUGCUGUGUUAAAACUGGAGACACCCUCUUCUCGUUGGACUUUGUUGCUUUUUAGUGUUUUUGUUUUAAAAAAUUUUUUUGGGUUCAACUCAGAACAGAUGCAGGGCUGUGAAUGUGUCUGAACCCGUCUGCGAUGACUGGUGCGAGCCUCUCGGAGCCCUCCUUAAAGUGUUGAAGUGUCGUAUUCGCCGGUUGGGUUUGAUCCUGGCGUCGCCCCAGGAUGUUCUUGGCUGUUGUGAGAAUGUUAGAAUUAAUGUACAGUAAUUUUAAUUGUUAAAAGGUACAAAUUGUUUUCAGAUUGACUGCUAAUUUUUUUUAUAUAUAUAUAUAUAUUUUAGCUAAUUGUGUCCCCCUCCCCCAAUUCCUUCCUAAAAGGUUUGAAAACAGGGUUUCCUGAGGCAUGCUAGUCAGUGACCUCUGACCUUUUUUGUGAUUUGAGAGGGGAUGCUAAGAGAGCCACACCAGUAGGGGGGUGACUGACUCCCCUCAAGUCUCCGCUCUCUUAUUUUUUGCUUUAAAUCUCUUUUUUUAUGCAGAACCAAAAUGUAAACGUCAGCGAGUCGGUUUCAGGCCUAACCUGUGUGUAAAUACCCCGGAUACAAUCAGCAGGAUCUUCUUUUCAAAAGCAAAACCACAUAAUUGAAGAUAAGUGUAGUUUCUAAAGAACAUGUAUCGUUAUUUGUAAGUUAACCAUCUGCAUGUCUUCGAGCCACCUGGCAUUAGCUAAUAAUUUUUAAGACAAAAAAUAAAAAUAAAAAAAGCUUUUUACAUGUUUUAUUUUUUAUAAUUUGUUUGCUUAAAUAUCCCAGACAAUAAUGUGACCCUUUUUAUUACUUCAAAUUUAUUUUUGUUUCCAUUUUUUUAUUUUCCUUAUUUCCUGUGUACUACAUAUAGGCAAUUUAUAACAAAAUGAGAAAAUUAUUGAAGAAAUUUUAAAAUUGAAAUAUAUUUUAUUUGAAAGUUUAUGGACCUUUUAACCGUGAGCCGGAGAAAUUGUAUAAUCGUAUAAUUUGAGCUGACUUGACGGUUAUGAGAAAUGUAUCAAGAGUUUUAUUUUUUAUGCUUCUUUAAUAAAGUCUUGUUUUUUGGUUUCAGUUUUUUACUGUAAAAAUGAAAA